CUGAGGUUUGGGAGUAGGGACGUUGUCUUGAUCAAAGAGAAUGAAAAUAACUAUUUUCUGAUAAUGUGGAUUUAUAUUCUGUGGUCUCCUUUUCGAAUUUGUGAUUGUGAAAACAAUGAGUGAAUUUGAAAUAAUUUAUUUGGGUUACAUUUAGUAGUUAAUUGAAAAACCUAAGUAUUUCGAUCAGACGUUUCUGCUUAGUUUUUAAUUUUUAGUCGUCUAACUUCGAAGUAAGUUUGUGCUGUUUCGUUCCAGACUUGUAUGAAAAACGUCAUGGCACUUACACAACCUAGUGUUAAUUGUAGUUUGGAUGAUAUUGACCUUAACAGUUUAAAGGAUCCUGCUGGGAUAUUUGAGCUAAUAGAAGUUGUUGGAAAUGGUACAUAUGGUCAGGUUUACAAGGGUCGCCAUACUAAGACCGGACAAUUGGCUGCUAUUAAAAUCAUGGAUGUUAACGAGGAUGAAGAAGAAGAAAUUAAACUAGAGAUAAAUGUUUUAAAAAAGUAUUCACAUCACAGAAACAUAGCAACUUACUAUGGUGCUUUUAUUCAGAAGAGUCCACCUGGAAAAGAUGACAAACUUUGGCUUGUCAUGGAGUAUUGUGGUGCUGGUUCUGUUACUGACCUUGUGAAAUCUACAAAAGGACAGUCUUUAAAAGAAGAAUGGAUUGCGUAUAUCUGUAGGGAGAUCCUUCGGGGUCUCAGUCAUCUUCAUGCAUGCAAAAUUAUUCAUAGGGAUAUCAAAGGUCAAAAUGUAUUAUUGACAGACAAUGCAGAGGUCAAAUUAGUUGAUUUUGGUGUAAGUGCACAACUUGAUAGAACAAUAGGUAGAAGGAACACUUUCAUUGGAACUCCAUAUUGGAUGGCUCCAGAAGUAAUAGCAUGUGAUGAAAAUCCUGAUGCCACCUAUGACAACAGAAGUGAUUUGUGGUCAUUAGGUAUUACUGCUUUAGAAAUGGGUGAAGCUCAACCUCCUCUUUGUGACAUGCAUCCAAUGCGUGCUUUGUUCCUAAUUCCAAGAAACCCUCCACCACGCUUGAAAUCAAAGAAAUGGUCAAAAAAAUUUCACGGGUUCAUUGAAACUGUUUUAGUAAAAGAUUAUCAACAGCGUCCCUACACAGACCAGCUGUUAAAACAUUCUUUCAUCAGGGAUCAACCAACUGAAAGACAGGUUCGCAACCAACUAAAAGAGCAUAUUGACCGGUGUCGUAAACACAAGAGAGGAGAAUCUCAGGAAGUGUAUCGCUACAGUGGAAGUGAUGGAGAAGAGGAAGAUUCAGGACUAACAGGUGAACCAAGCUCUAUUGAACCAGUUGAGCAAGAGUCAACUCUAAAGAGAAAUUUCCAGCAACUACAAGAAACUCGAACUCUGACCCCUAGUGAUCCUAAACCCAGCUCAAACAACCAUCACAUACACCCUCCACCAGUCUCAGUAGGUCCUAUAGAAACUCCAGUACGACCUCCAAUGCCCCCUCAGAGGGCAGUUGUAGCUCCUGAUCCUCCUCCUCCAAGCAAACCACUUCCUCCAAUUCCUGUUGAGGAAGAACGCAGAGAAAAAGUACGUAAACCCCCACGGAAUAUCCAACCAGUUCAGCCUCCAAGAGUGCCGGAAGCUCGAAACUCUGGUUUGUUCAAUAAAUCCCCUGCCCGUAGACCAGAGGAUCUAGAAGUAUUAGCUGCUCAACUGAAUGAGCUGGCCUUAGGAGGCAGCAGUAGUGGAGCUGCAGGCAGAGCCAAUGGUAGAGGUCCAUCAGGAUCAGCAAUAGUAGUUAGUGAGCAUUCUGCUCGUCAGAAUGGUAGUACACCAGAUCAAGUUCCUCCCAUAAAACCACCUUCAGAUUCUGAUGAAGAGGAAGAAGAAGAAGGUCAUGUUCAAAGUGAUGGAACUUUACUGGCAUCUGAUCCACCAAGACCACUGCCUCCAGAUGGGUAUAGUAACAACAGUAGUAAAAACAUAACGGUUCCUGAAGAGCCUGUAGCAAUUCAAGCACCAAACAGACCUCUUCCUCCUACACCAGAUGAUGAAGACAGUAAUGACAGAACCCUUGUGGUUAGAAGAAAUCAAUCAAACAAAAAAGAAGGUGAGAGGUCAAAACGGGAACAAAAUGGCAAAGAACGAAGUGGUCGAGAAAGAUCCAGUAGUCAAGUUGAGAAAAACCAUCGCAAAAGGGACUCUGUUGGUUUAGAAAGGGUUGAAAAAGCCAAACAAAGAUCUGACAGAAAAGAGCGGCCUCCCCUACAUAAAACUUCUUCAUCCCCAAUACCCGUGGCCUCAUCAUCUGUCCCUAAUGGAGAGUCUCAGAGAAAAGAACGGGUUUUCUCACAGGGGCUAACCAGAAACAGUAGUCAGAAUGAUCGGGAAAGGGAACGGGACCAUUCAGAUCAUGUAACUUCCUCUUCUGGUGAAGGUGCUAGUCGACCCCUUAUGCAGCGUGCAGAGUCCACACAGAGUUCGCAAGGGAACAUCAGUGGACGAUCAAGUGGGGUACUUCCUGAUCUUCUUCCUCAAAACACAUCCACUCCUUUACAACAGUCAUCACCUCAGCAGAGACAGCAAGACAAAAGUACUUCAGAUGAGAAAGCUUUAGAGAUCAUACAAAGGAAACUUGACAAUUUUCAGUACCGGCAGGCAGUCAGCAAAACUCCUCCUCAUUUACAACAAAAACAACGUUCCUUCUUGACUUUUGGGUUUGGAGCAGGAGGGUCAGGCUCAUCUCCUUCUCCUCGUCGUGAAUCACACAUCAAUGUUAAUGUAGCACCUAGUACACAUGAGUCCUCCACUGAAACCCCUGAAAUUCGCAAAUACAAAAAGAGAUUUAAUUCUGAAAUACUUUGUGCUGCUCUCUGGGGUGUCAACCUGUUGAUAGGAACGGAACAUGGCUUAAUGCUACUGGACCGUAGUGGGCAAGGAAAAGUGUACAACCUAAUCACUAGGAGAAAGUUUCAUCAAAUGGAAGUCUCUGAAGGCCAAAACAUUUUAGUAACCAUUUCUGGAAGGAAAUCUCGUGUUCGUGUUUACUAUCUAUCUUGGCUCAAGAGCAAGAUUCUUCGGACAGAUGGACAGUUAGAAAGAAGAAAUGGGUGGAUAAAUGUAGGAGAUCUCCAGGGUGCUGUUCAUUUCAAAAUUGUGGUGUGGUCUAUCCCUCAUCACAGCUUUAAGGACUGGGAAAAUACAUUUCGUAUUUGGAGUAACAAUGUGAAAUAUGAACGAAUCAAGUUUCUGGUCAUAGCUCUACGAGAAAGUGUUGAAAUUUAUGCUUGGGCUCCUAAGCCUUACCACAAGUUCAUGGCCUUCAAAUCCUUUCCCGACCUGAUUCACCGUCCUCUGCUAAUAGACAUGACAAUCGAGGAAGGUGUGCGGCUGAAAGUCAUUUAUGGCUCAGCAGAAGGUUUCCAUGCAGUGGAUGUGGAUUCGGGUGGGGUGUAUGAUGUCUACAUUCCAUCUCAUAGCCAGAGUCCCAUUACACCCCAGAUUAUUGUGACACUUCCAAAUUCCAAAGGAAUGCAGUUGCUUCUGUGCUAUGACAACGAAGGUGUUUAUGUAAACACAUAUGGAAGAGUUAGCAAAAACAUUGUGCUUCAAUGGGGUGAAAUGCCUACAUCAGUUGCAUAUAUCGGUACAGGCCAAGUCAUGGGUUGGGGUAAUAAGGCAAUAGAGAUUCGGAAUGUAGAAACUGGCCACUUGGAUGGAGUUUUCAUGCACAAGAAGUCUCAACGACUUAAGUUUUUGUGUGAAAGAAAUGAUAAGGUCUUCUUUUCCUCUGCCAAAAGUGGCUCUUCGUGCCAGAUCUACUUCAUGACUCUCAACAAACCAGGAAUGGCUAACUGGUAACAACUGAAACAGCCAGAAGCCAGGAUCAAAGUACUGGAAUUUCUAAUGAAUUCAAGACACUAGCCCUGUAGAAAUUUUGUAAUUGCUUCCUUUGUUGUUGUUUUUAACUAGGCAAAAACACAGUCAGACAUUCUGUGGACAAGAAAUAAAGUUAGGGCCAAGCUUAGUCAAUUUUGUCUUAAUAUGUUUUUGUUUUAUUUUUUAAUUGCUCAAGAGUUGAUUAUAAUUGAGAUGCUGUUUAUAUGCAAGCUCUGUACAUAUUAAUACAUAUAUAGUAGUAUACACAAUUUUUAGAUCUCUUCUUUGUUUGCACUUUUUAGUAAGUAAUAAGAGCAAAGACUGACAGAUUUACUUUUUUAUUGUGAAUUGUAGCAACUUUCAAAUGUAGCCAACUUACUGUAUUUUGUACAUCUUAAAAAGUGUUUUGUUGUGCCUUCAAGUGAUGUAUUGGUUUGUUUUAUUUUUUCACCAAAGUUGAUAUGGGUGGAAGGAGCGGUGAAAAUGUGUGUAGAUACAUUAAUGUUAAAUAGUAGAUGUAUACUACCCAAUUUUAUAGAAUAAAUUAGUUUUGUUAGGAAUAAGCUUUUUCUGGUAUAUAAAUUACAAAAAUGUGUAUUAAAAAAAUCCUGCUUUCAGUUUCAGGUAAAAGUUACAUCCUUGUUGGUCAAUAAGAAUUUAAUUAAUAAUCUUGAGCACUUAAAUGUUAAUGCCAAAAUGUAAACCCUAAUAAAAGGGUCUUAUAAAAUAAUUAAUGUACAGCAAACAAAAACUUUACUUGCUUAAACAUUUGGUAGAUAAUGUAUUUUCUUCUGUGUAACUUUGUUUCUCUAAAUUAGACUCAAAACUGCUGUUCAUCGUUUUUUAAUACACAGUAAGUAUAUUGUAUUAGUAGCUGUGAUGAUCCGAUUCCAUGGUUUUAAUAACUUUUUUUAUUUAUUUGUUUAUUACAUCAAUUAUUACAGUGACUUAGGAAUUGUAAUUUUUUUUAAAAAUUAAUUAAUUAAUUAAUUACUGUUUAGAAAAAAAGUUACAAUUUUUGGAACAUUUGUAUGAAAUAAAUUACAAUAUAAUAUUUGAGUUUCUACUGGAAUUGUUACAGUGAACAUUCUUAAUGUGACCACCUCAGGGACCAGUGAUGUCUGGUCUAAAUUCUUAGAUGCAGAAUGUUCUUAUGCUUAUGUUGUUAAAAGUAAGUUUUCCUAUCAUUCAGAUUUAGGAGUAAGGUAAACUAUUAUGCAAAGGAUAUAAAUUUACAGAACUAAAAAUUUUGAAAAAUAUACAAAACAAAAAAAUUUUAACACUUAAUUAUGAAAUUGCAAAGCAGGUUUAUUAUAAUGUCAUUACAGUAUAUUUUUUUUUUUUUACUUUAUGAAACCUUCCUUUUUAGUUAUUUGAUUACAUGUUUGUAGACUUCUUGCCAAGUCCUCCAAAUCUGUGUUUGCAUAAUCAAGAUGGUUACUGAUAUAUUUUUUAAAAUUUAGUUAUUUAAGCAAAUGUUGUUCUUGACAUGGUAAAUGAUCCUGAGAGUAAACAUAUAUAUAUCAGUAAUUAUCUGCCUUUUGUCAGACUCAACAUGGAACUUUUAAUGUUGCCGAGAAACUUGGCAAAAACAUAAGAAUAAUAACAUCUUUGUGUUGAACAAACUACCAAAAUUAAACUUGAAAAAGAAUUAUCUCUACAGAGGUUUCAUCCUGCAAUAUUAAUUUUCCAAAUAUAACUUAUUUUAUUUUGUGUGAGCUUAUCAACUCUUUGGAUUAUUAUCUUUAUCUGAAACUUCUCUAUAAUAGAAAAUAGGUUAUGUAUAUCUAAAUAAUUUUGUUUUAAACUUUGCAAGUAACCCAGGUUUUUGGUUCAUUUAAAUCAUUAUACAAUAAAGUAUUUAAUUUUUAGCUUUAAUUUGUACUUUUAUUAAAGAUAACACAAACGUAUAAUAUUUGUUUUCUGCAUGUCUUAAUAUACUUUCGUUUAUGAAUUGUAUUAUUUGUUUUCGAUAACUUAUCACUUAUUCGUAUAAAGUUCUUAACUUGCUAAUAUUCUGAUUUAACGUAGCUUUAGCUGGUUGUGCUGUUCUUCUGAGGAAUAUUUAAUAUAAAAUUACUUAAUAAAAUUUUCCUUAUUUUUUACUCUAUAAAAAGUACUUUGAUGGUAUUUCUCUUAAAGAAAAAUGUGCAUUUUGAUAAACCUGACAUUUAAGUAUUAUUGCUUCUAUACUUUGUAAAAAAAAAAAUAUUCACAUACCACUGUCUUGAGUAUCAGAAUGAGAGACAUGUUUAACAGUAUUUGAUUUAUAUGCUGUUACUCUGUACUUUUUAUUGGUUUUAGCAUAUUUUAUCUCCUCACAUUUUUAUCUUAAGAUCCUUUUUUUCCAUUGAAAUUUGUUUAUCAUUAGGCAAGUAAUAUUUUCUGUAUAAUGCAGUACUAUAGAUAACGUUUCAAAACUCAUUACCAAAUGUAGCUUCUAGAUGUGCAGUACCAACUAACCCACUGAUAGUAGUAAUUAACAGAGUUAUAUCUAAUUAAACAUAUUUGCUGUUGUUAAUAUUUUAUUUAUGACAGAUAAACUUCACCAAAAGCAAUAACAAGCUAAAAUUCAAGUGUAAAAGUUCUAUUUUCUGAUGAUACAUUAUUAAAAAUAUUUUAGUUUA